AUGAUAAAACAUACAAUUUCACAGACGAAUGGGGAACAGUUGCUUGAUACACUUCACACUGAGGACAGACCAACCACUGAGGACGGCUUACACCCAGACAAUAACGACACACUAUGCUUACUUUGUAUAUCUCAGUAUAAGCAACACAAGACCGUGUUCAACUUAAUUGCAUUGAGGAUUUUUAAUCGUAAAUGCAAGUCUUUAUUAAAAUUUAAGUCUUUAUUUGAUUUUUGCAGUAAACAUUUUCGCGAUGGUUGCCAUCGAAGCAGCGGUGUUGGUGGCGGUCGUUGGGCUGUUGCUGUUUUUGUUUCUACGAUCAUCGAGCAAAAAAAAACAUCAACAGCUAUUCCUGGCAUGCAGCCGAGCUCUCAGAAGGAGGGUAACCACGGAGACAUAUCCAAGGCUGGGAGCCUCCACCAGUUCCUCGUGCAACUGCACGCGCAGUUCGGCCCGAUAGCCUCGUUCUGGUGGGGCCGCACGCGCAUGGUGAGCAUCUGUGAGGAGACGCUCUUCAGGCAGCACACGACCGCCUUCAACCGACCUUUCGAAAUGUUCGACUUGUUUAUGCCGCUGCUUGGGGCGCGAAGUCUCGAGUACGCUAACGGUGACGACGGCAAGAGCCGACGUAAGGUCUACGACAGGGUGUUUACGCACGGCUCCAUCCGAAAAUACAUAGAACCGUUCCAGGAGGCAGCAGACGACAUCGUGAGGAAGUGGACGUCAUAUUCGCCCGGUGAGCACGUGCCCGUGUGCUCUCACAUGACGGUUUUUGCACUGCGGUCUGUGCUCUCGUCGCUGUUUGGAAAGGCAAUGAGUACCGACCAACAAAUUAGCCAGUUCCGGAAAAUAUAUGAAACGAUAUGGAAUGAGAAGUUGGUGAAUUCUACUGAUCCGAAUGAACAAGAGAGGCAACUUCAAGAAGGCAAACAGGAGUUAUCCUCGGUGUUGCUGCAGAUAUUUCGCGACCGGAAGCGGAACCCCCCACGCGCGGGCGAGGAGCUAUUUUUAGACGUGCUCAUGGAGUAUACAGAGGACGAAGAGGUACAGUUCUGUGAUGCGCUCGUGUACACCAUCGGGGGCUUCCACACCGCCGGAAAUUUGUUGUCAUGGACGCUGUACUACCUGGCCCAGUACCCGGAUGUACAGGAGAGAGUGUACGCGGAGAUACGGGGUGUGCUUGGAGACCAGGGCGAAGUGGACCACACCAACGUUGGGGAGUUCCAGUACGUAAGGCAGGUGUUGGAUGAGACGUUACGCUGCGCUAUCGUGGUUACCUUGGCGGGGAGAUUUAUGGACGACGACGUCACCAUCAACGGAUAUGUGAUCCCCAAAAACACGCCAGUGAUUCAUGCGAUAGGCGUGGCAUGCCUAAACGAGAAGGUGUUUCCCCACCCUGAAGAGUUUGAUCCUGAGAGGUUCAGUCCUGACAAAACCAAGAAGAGAGGCGCCCUCGCCUUCAUCCCGUUCGGUUUUGCGGGGAAGCGCUCCUGUCCCGGCCAGAAGUUCGCCUAUGCCGAGGCGACCACCCUCGUGGGGGCCCUCAUUCGUCACUUCCGGCUGCGACUGGUGCCCGGCUUGAAUAUCAAGCCGGUCCACGGUCUCAUAACGCACCCUAACGAGGAGAUUUACGUCACUAUUGAGAAGCGUUAGAUCUGGCUUACAGAGACUAAUAUGUUCGAGUCCGAAUCAAACCAAGGUGGGCAUGCAUACCAUAUCUAUAGAAAGGAGACAUGACCAACUAAAAUAAACAAAGUGGGUUUCCUCCAUUGCUUAAAUUUUGCCGUUUCUCUAUUUGCCCAUUGUGAUUAUCUCGUACAGAGCAUUAUUUGUUAAGGGAAUCCAUUCAACGCGAUAUAUUUACGUAGGCCAAUUAGAGUGACAGCAGCUUCCUAUGGUCAUAGUUCUUCUUUCUGCCAGCAAUAAUUUCAGAAGACAUUCGACACCACAGUCAGUGACAAGGCGUUUGUUAUAACAGCAAAUGCACAGUGUAGAAUACAUGUAUAAACGUAAACAGAAA